GAUUUCCAAAGAGUUAAGUCUACGUUCUGGAAGAAAAAUUAUAAUGAAAUUUACUUUAAUUUGCUGCUUGCUUUUGCAGGCAGCUGUUGUUAUAUCAGCUCAAAAAAAAGUCGUCUGUUUCUGGGGCACAUGGGCAGCUUAUCGUGCUGGAAAUGGAAAGUUUGAAGUAUCUAACAUUGAUCCAACAAUCUGUACACACAUCAUCUACUCAUUCAUGGGUGCUCAAGAGGAUGGAAGUGUAACUUAUCUAGACUCAUACUUAGACUUGUCAGAAAAUUGGGGAAAGGGCUAUAUCGACAAGUUCAUAGCAUUAAAAACACAAAGUUCAAGCGUCAAAUUAAUGAUGUCAAUUGGAGGAUGGAAUGCUGAAUCGGCUGUAUACUCAAAAAUUGCUGCUACUGCGACUGGUCGUGAAACGUUUGCACAAAAUGUUUUGAAUAUGAUCAACAAACAUGGAUUCGAUGGAUUUGAUUUUGAUUGGGAGUAUCCAGCACAACGUAAUUCAGUCUAUGGAUCAGCUGACAAAGCGAAUUUCGUCGCUCUUCUCCAAACUUUGAAAAGUAAAUUAGCUGCAAAUGGCAAACUUCUUACAAUUGCUGUAGCAGUAGUCGAAGCAUCAGCAUCACUAUCUUAUGAUAUUCCAAAUGUGGCUAAAAAUGUUGAUUUUAUCAAUCUCAUGAGUUAUGAUCUUCAUGGAUCUUGGGAAGGAGUUACAGGAAUAAAUGCUCCUUUAUAUGCAGGCUCAGCUGAUAUUUCAUCAUAUCAAAAGCAGUUGAAUAUUGAUGCUAUUGUAAAUUAUUGGGUAGCACAGGGUGCGCCAAGAGAUAAAUUAAUUCUUGGAAUUCCACUUUAUGGAAGAUCAUUUACGCUUUCUAAUUCAAAUAACUAUGGAGUUGGUGCUGCUACAAGUGGAGCUGGAAAUGCUGGAAGUUUUGUACCAGAAUCUGGAUUUUUAGCGUACGGUGAAAUAUGUUUAAACAUUAAGAACGGCGUUUUUUCAAGAUACUGGGAAAAUACACAAAAAGUUCCAUAUGCUGUAGGAGGAAAUCAGUGGGUCGGAUAUGAUGACUCUGAGUCUAUAGCUUACAAAAUAAACUACAUCAAAGAUAACAGUUUGGGCGGUGCCAUGUUCUGGAGUAUUGAAACUGAGGAUUUUAAUAAUCUUUGUGGAAAUGGCAAGUUCCCAUUAGUCAGAAUGACUUAUCAAGCUUUAGUUGGAAAUGAACCAAUCACGAUUCCACCGACCAGUGCACCUACUCAAAGUCCAUCGACUAUUCCAACUAAUGCACCAACACAGGCUCCAACUCAAUCACCUUCAACUAGUGCACCAUCUGGUCCAUUUAUUUGCCCUGGAAAUGGAUUAUUCACAAAUCCUGCUGACUGUGGAUCAUAUUACAAUUGCUGGGCUGGAACUGCAUAUCUCCAACUUUGUCCAUCUGAAUUAGUCUUUAAUCCAAAUGGAUACUGUGACUGGAAAUAUAAUUACAAAUGUGUGUAAAUUAAUCAAUGGAAUAUGAUUUUUUUGAUUAAAUUCAAUAUCUUUUAACAAUCGGCUAAUAAAUCAGAAUGUCGAGCAAUCAAUUUGUGUGUUUAAUAUGAACUUCAAUCAUUGACAUAUGUAUUAUAAAUGUACUAUGACUAUGAGACAUGUCGCCUUUUUAAAAUAUUAAAUUACAGAUUAUAAAAGAAUAAUACAUUAAUAGCAGAAUUGAGUAAGAUUAGUAAGUUUUCAAUUAGAUUGAAUAAAUAGUGAAGCAAAUGCAAAUAUUUUGAUUCUUCAUUUAUUUAUUGUAAGUGUCCUUUUUCAACUUCAUUGUGCAUCUUGGGAUUUUUUCCGCACUUAAAAAACUAGUUGUAAUGUCGUGAGCAUUCGCGAAUCCUUGUCAUAUUGUCGACAACUCUGUACAUAAUAAUUGAGAGAUCGUUCUCUGGUGAGAAUCGAACGCACGUCUUCACAAAAGAAAGUUAUUGAAAUCCGUUGGUUGUCCAACCACAAAAGUCUAAUUUAAACACUGGCAGAUUCGCCUUUACAUGGAUCUGUACUCCAGAUUCAAAUUUGCGCAAAGAUGACAUUAUUAAUACAAACCAAUACCCAAAAAACUUUCACACUUCACGUUUCAAUAUUGAAAGUCAGAGAUCACGCUCGAAUAGCACAAAUCGGUUGAUCAAAUAGAAAUCCUGCACCAAGCUGGUGUAGCUCUGGUAUGGUUUCUGUUCCAUUAACCGGCUUGUGCUAUUCGAGACAAGGCCCCGCAGAUUAUAAUUUUUAAAUAAUUUCAUACAAAGAUUUUAUUUUUCGUUUUAAAAGAUUUUAAUCUACGGGAGCCUAGAUUAGAUAGUAAGAUCUGCGUUCGAACCAUUCACACCGCAAUGCUUUUCA